AUGCUUAGAGCCAGGAGAGAGGCCCGACUAGGAGCCUCUGAGCAAUAUCCUCGCUCGUUGGAAAAUCGAGCUAUGUCGCUGUCGUUUGAUAACAUAGAGGAAGCGAGUAUGCCUGGGGGGUUUUGGAAGAAGUGGAGUGCAAAGGCGGCUAGUAAGGCUGAACAAAAGCAGAUUGAGAAGAUGAUGAAGGGUCAGGAUAAACAAGACCAGAGAUCGCGAAGAAGAGCAGGCCGGGGGAGCUCAAGGAGGCAGAACAGACAGGAAGGGAAGAAGGCGAAGGAGGUCCACAAGAUCCUGUGGAUUGUGAUCACUACACAUGAAUGA